AUGUCGCUACUGUAUUUCGUACCUGUAGUCUCGUCUACUGUGACACUGUGGCUCGCAGUCGACCAAUACUUGUUUUUUGGAAUAUUCCUGAAUAAGAAGGUCGAGCCGAGCACCAAAGACGUCCUCACGCCUUACUGGAACAGGAUGAUCGAAACUGUCGUCCCUGCCAUCAUCGCGCCCCUCCUCGUCACUGUUGCCUCCACCACCGCCAUCCUCAGCACCACCUCCGAGGAGCUCCUCCGCGAGAAGGGUUCUUUCCCAUGGUACAUUGCCAGCACCGCCCUCGCCGCCUCGCACUUCGCCUUUGUGCCGAUUAUCCUGCCCAAGAUCAGAGGCAUACAGAAUGGGGCGCUGACGCCGGGACUCAGACGAUGGAUGCGCAUCCACAUUGUCCGCAGUGUGACGGUGGACCUUCUUGCAUGGAUUACCUGUAUUGUCGCCAGUGCCAAGACACUGUCGGUGUGA